AAUUGGCCUGAUCCCAUGCCCUGAAGCAAGGUAUAACCGAAGUCCCAUAGUCCUGGUUGAAAACAAACUUGGUGUGGAGAGCUGGUGUGUCAAGUUCCUUUUACCAUACGUCCACAAUAAGCUCCUUUUGUACAGAACGAGAAAGCAAUGGCUGAACAAAGAUGGAAAGAGCUGAUCCUCUCUGGCACUUUAAAUCCAAUUAAGGACUUACAUCUAGGAAAACUGGCCUUAACUAAGUUUCCAAAGAGUCCAGAAACAUGGAUUCACAGGCGAUGGGUGCUACAACAGCUAAUUCAGGAAACUUCCUUGCCUUCCUUUGUGACCAAAGGAAAUUUGGAAACAAUCCCUUCAGAGAGGACACAGCGACUAAUACAAGAAGAGAUGGAAGUCUGUGGUGAAGCAGCAGGGAGAUAUCCAAGCAAUUAUAAUGCCUGGUCUCAUCGCAUCUGGGUGUUACAACACUUGGCCAAGCUAGAUAUCAAGAUUCUUCUUGAUGAACUAUCUUCUACUAAACAUUGGGCAUCCAUGCAUGUUUCAGACCACAGUGGAUUUCACUACCGCCAGUUUUUGUUAAAAUCUUUGAUGAGUCAAACUGUGACAGACAGUUCUGUAUUGGAGAAAAACACUUUGAGAAAUGAACCAGCCCUAGUUCUUCCAAAAGAUGAAGAAGCAGCUGCUUCAACAGAGGAACCAAGGAUAAAUCUUCCCCAUCUCCUAGAAGAAGAAGUGGAAUUCAGCACAGAUCUUAUUGAUUCCUACCCAGGACAUGAAACCCUUUGGUGUCAUAGGCGGCAUGUUUUCUACCUUCAACAUCACUUAAAUGGUAGGUUUCCUCACAGCAUGACCCAGCUGUCACCUGUAGACAGUCCUGGAGAGACUUUGAGUGAUUUGCACCUCAUCCCAGCAGAUCCUCGGCUGUCUCAGGCAAUGGAAGUAGAUGGAUUGAAUGACUCAAGCAAGCAAGGCUAUUCCCAAGAAACCAAACGCCUGAAGCGGACCCCAGCUCCAGAUUCUUUGGGCCUAGAAAUGGAGCACAGGUUCAUUGAUCAAGUAUUGUCCACUUGCCGGAACAUAGAGCAAGCCAGGUAUGCCAAAGCAUACAGGAAAUGGCUGGUCACUCUGAGUCAAUGAAAGUGGAUUAAUCCUGUAAGGUUCCCCUUUUAGUGCAAUAUUGCUUUCCUUUCUUAUUGACAUAGUUGCAUGAAUUAUUUGCUAUUAUUGGCUAAUAUGUUCCUCAUCUUUAGGUUAAAAGUCCAUAGGAAACCUUACAUUUUAUUUAUUUUAUUAAGAACUGGCAUUCCUUUGGGGAUACAGUAAUUGUAUAGCUCCUUACUAAAAACUGAGUCUUAAAUUUUUUCUUUUUAACUCCUCAUCCUUUAUAUUUCUAUACAUGAGGUUUUCACUCAGUUCUUAUAAUUGGGUCACAUAUACAUCCACCCACCUCAUUUUGAUUGCUAUAUAGGCAAAUUUUUUAAAUCAAAAAUUUUUGUUGUAGUUCAGCUUAGAAACAUUAAUACAGAUGCAGAAGAACUUAAUUUAUUUUCAGAAUCAAAUGGCUAGAUGUUUGGAUAUGUGAAAAUAUAAAUCAGUUCUUUUUCUAGCAUGUUCUACUCAAAAGUAUAGACUAAUGUAACCAAAGUCAGAAGUAUUGAAAUUUAUAUUAAAAAAAUGCUUCCAAUGUAAUCCAUUUUUAAAUGAUUAUUUAAAAACAGAAUCUAAUUUAAGAGUUUAUGUAAGUGUAGUACUGGAAAAUUAUUUUUAUUACCAGCUUUGAUAGGUUGUUUUUUACCUCAUAUUUGGUAUAUGCCAAAACAGUCAUAUCAGCCCUGAUAAAAUAAAUUUUUAAAAAACCCAGAAUGCCAUUUUUAGUUAUUACUACUUUUUUUUCCAAAAUCAUUCAUGAAAAAUGGAAGAAAUAUACAUACAAAUGUAUUCAUAUAAACUCCUUUUUAAAAAAUUAAGUUAUUGAGAUUAUACUGGAUAAACUACAAAAUUUUGUGGAUUAUGAAAAGUUUACUGGCUAAAGCCAGGAGGAAAGAAUAGUUCAGGAGAUUAAUUCUUCAGUUUUUAUUUAAAAACAAAACAGAACACUUUGAUACAGGAUUUUAUCAGGGACGAGGUACCAAAGUAUCUACAUUAAUGCUGUAUCUUAAUUUUCAAUAACAAGGGCUGAGUUUUUCAGGUUGAUGAAGUGGGACUAGGGAAAGAGUCAGCUAAUAUCUACUUAUUAUAUUUUCUCCUUUGUAAAUGGUCUGUAUUUCUUUUUUCUGUAUACUGUUUUCUUUAUUUCACCACUCCAUUCCAUAUUUUUUUGUCACUUUGACUUGUGUAUAAUUUUCCUCAUUUGUCUUAUUUCAGGAAUGCCUACUGAAGAUUUUAUGUUCUCUGUUUCAGUGAAUUUCAUUCCCAUCUAAAUACACACACACACAUACACACACAAAAAAAAUAUGAAUAGAACUGCCCCCUAAAAGUUUCUGUAAUGAUGAAGCUGUUUCUUGUCCUACGUGUAUACAAAUGUGAGUAAUAGUUAUAGAAAUAAGUAUGACCACCAUGUUUUGCCUCUUCUCCUUUUUACUUGCUUAGUAAUCUGUAAGGUGGGGAGAAAGAUGUAGGGAAAGGCAAACCUUUCCUGUCUCAAUCUUGUGAAUAGCCAGGACUUGAGUUAGAAGUACUAUUUUAAGGGAAAUGGAAUAGGUCCUUUAUUUGGGCAUCAUGGUUUUGUUGAGCGGUGAACUGUCAAAUGGAAUGAUAUACUUGUAAAAACGCCAGGAAAAUUAUCUAGCCUGGCCCCAGUAGACAGAUGUUGCUCUUAUCUCUUGGGGCAAAAAUUACCAUUUUUAUACUUUAUAUAAUUUUUAGGAGAGAAAAUAAUUGCCAUAAUGAACUUAAUUCCAUGGCCCUUUGUGUACAGAGCUUAUUUUGAAUUAGAUACCUCAAGGUCUAUGUAGAUUUCUGUGGAUAAAACCCAUUAGAUUUAUGAUUUUCAACUCCUGCAGGGGUUGAGUAGAAACUGCACAGAGAUGACAUGGGAGGUUCAGCACAUUCCAGUAAUACAUGUUGCCAAAUUCUGGACUACUCAGUAUCACUGUUUUCUCAAGCAUAAUUUUUAGUAUCCUAAGUAAUAGGGCUUCUUUGAUGUGAGUGCAACUACUUUGAUGUGAAUACACAUCAGGACAUGAGUAUAGAUAAUAUCCUGAGAACAUUAGUUAAACUUUUAUAGUGCACCAUGCCUUUUUAUACCUUACACCCAAUAUCUUGGUCAUCUUUGUUGUUAACUGUUCAAACCCACCACUUUCUGAAGCCAUGUAGUGUUUUAAUAUACCUUGGUCUUCUUUUCUUAAUAAAGUUUUAAAUAGAGAAUGAGAAUACAAACAUCCAAAGGAUACUGUCAGUAUGUGACUUUUGUAUGCUACUUUAUUUUAAAUUUGCAUUUUUCAAGUGUUCACUCACAGGAAAACUUAGAAUUGCCCUAUAUGAUUAUUUUUGUUUUGCCCCCCCCCUAAGUGAUUAACAUUUAAACUGACUAGCAUAAUAUGUCUUUUCCUAAAUGAGCUCAUGCAGUAGAAAAAGUAGGUCUGUUUUCAGGGGCUUGUUAGCUUUAUUUUUCUUCAAAUAUGUCAUUGUUUAAAAGGGAAAGAUAGUUUAAAUUUGACGUGUUUCAUCACAUUUUCACUGAAAGAGCAAUAGUUCAUCAUCCUGUGGAUCAAGAAUACUACUGACAAGCAAAAAGCAGUAGGUAACUAACACCUUCAUAAUACUCUUCACCCUGCCUUUUUAAUGUAGACUUAUUUCGAUAAUAUAGUAUUUCCAGACUCUACUGUGUGUGCCUUGCUCAUUGUGAGGGCUCACUGACUACUUAUUAAAUGAAUGAUUAACUGAAGAAGGGAAAAGAUUGGUCAUGAGUGAUGGAUAGAGUGAUGAUUGAGAAAUUGUUUGUGAAUAAUACUUAGGGAGAGCUAUUGCAUAUAGAAAAAGUUAAUUUAAAUUUAUUUUCUUCAUUACUUUGUUUAAACUCAUUAAAUUCAGGCCAAGAAAUGCAGCUCUAGAAUUAUCAAUGAGCUAUACCUUAAUCUACAUUAAACAUUUAUAGAAACCCACUUGCAUUAAGGAUACUACUUUCUGUUUACUUAUUUAAGGACACAUAUACAAAGCUUGAACCAUUUGAGAACAGCUGAAGAAAUUCUUUGAUUUCAAUGUCUUGUUUAUUGUAUCUUCAUGAAUAGUUAUUUUAUGCUUCUCUUUUUUUCCCCAUUAAUUUGAACUGUGAAUCUUUUAGUUAUUUCCUAAACCUGAAGAGUUGUUUUUUAAGCUUAAGUAUCUGAUAAAUAUUAAUAUCUACUAUUAUUUCUUUAGAAACUCCAGGCCCAGACUUUCAAUCACACUUCUUAAUUCUUCUAGUACAGUUCUAAUUUAAAUUGAGAGCUUCAUUAAUUUCUUUCUUUUUUUUUUUAAGCACUGCUAGGCUAGGGAUCAUACUCCACUUUAUUAAUAAUUAGUAGGAUUAAACGUAUACAGGUUGUCACAAAAAACACUUAGAUAUUCAAAUAAGAAGUUUGGUGACAUGUGGAAACAAAAGUUUUUGCAUUUUUAUGCAGCAGUCUAUAAGAAAGCAUAUAUAUUUGUGUGGUUUUGAUAUGUUCAGUUCAUACCAGUUUGUACUUGGUGAAUGAUAUAUGUGUAAAAAGAACUUGUAAUAUUGCUGCAAACAUAAUUAUAAUUUUCUCUCAUAUAGCAUCACAUGGUCUAUGACAUGGGCUAAAUGCAAUUUAGGAGUAGAACUACCACUUGCUAUACAACAAUCUCUACCUUAGAACCCCUGAAUUAUAGAAGAUGCUGAAGAUCUAGUUGCAAAAGAAAGUAGCAUAUGAUUGGAAGGGCAGUGUAAAAAGCUGUUUUAAGUUUACUGUUAUUUUUUUUACUAGAAAAUUAUAUUUUAAAACUAAGAUAUUUAAAGUAUGCUAAAAUUUUGAACACCAUUAUAACAACUUAAUCUUUUGUCUUUUGAAUGAAUUCCUCAAACAGACCUGCAAACUCUAGCAUUCUGUGUGCUGCUGCCUCCCCGUGCUCUGUAAUGAUCUCCUAUUUAUUUGAGAUGUGUGUUGAGGCACUGGAAAGUUUAGGCAAAUUCAGUAUCAUAAAGGCAGAGAGCCAGAAAAAUCAACUCUAAGAAUUCUACUUUCUGUCACACAGUGUCUUUUUAAAAACAACUGUACAUACUGUGUUAAUUUGAGUGCCUUUGUAACUUGGGGUCGGAGCAGGAUCAUGUUACUUUAAACUCUUAAUAUUUAGAUAGAAAACAGGGAUAUAAAACAGCUGAAUAUGACUCAUGAUUUUAUUUAUUCCCUUUGUUAGACCUGGUCCUAUCUUAUCCUUUGAUGAGAUACUGAUACAAGAGAGUAGAGUCCUUUAUUUCUAUUUCAUUAGUUAUCUUUUUCCCCCUAAAUCCGUAUUCGAUUUUUUUUUUUUCAUUUUGUGGUGUUAGGGAUUGAACCCAGGGCCUUGUGCAUGCAAGGCAAGCACUUUCUCAUUUUUAAGCACCCUAUAAAGAAUUAGUUCUUUCUGCAAAGUAACUAACAUUUUGAAGAUUACAUGCAUUGCAUUCAGAGGUUUGUGUGUGCACAAUUUUGAGACAGCCUGAAACCUGUGCAGACUGAGUCCAAAGGGAAGCUGGAACCUCUCCCUAAAAUAAAUGCCAGAUGAUUGUCCUAAAUGAAUCCUCUGCCUUACUCUAAGGACCUUCUUUCCCAUCCACAUUCAGGCUUAAUGUAGGAUAGUUGAAAGGGGGAAAAGUAGGACUUUUUUUUUUUUUUCCAUAUAAGAAGAAAGGAAGUAAAUUCUAAGAUGAAAUCUAAAAUGUGUCAUUUAUGUAUUUGUUUUUGGGAGUAGGAAUUUCACAUUUCAUGAUAGCAAAUAAUUCCUCAUAAUUUCAGAAAAAUAUAUAAUUAAGCUUUUAAAGUGCUUUAUAGAGAAUUUUUCAAUAAUAUAUUCUAUAGGCAGCAGUAUGCUAUGUUCAGAGUAGAGUCAGAAAACCAGUGUAUCCAUUGUGGAUCUGGGAUCAGAAGGAAAUCUCAGGCUCCCAACUUAAGACUUCUCUACUCUUACCAGGCUAUGUUAACACUGUAAAACCAAACUCUCUGCUGAAAAACAACAACAAAAAACACCAAACCAGCUUAGUCUGCUGGUAAAACAUGCUUCCAAGAAUAUUAGCUAUAUGUAGUUUGGACUUUCUGGAUAAUAAUAUCGAUAAAGCUAACUCUGAUUUUUCUUAUAUUAGUCUAUUGUUGAUCCUCAGGGCAUAGAAGAUUUAGUUCAAUUUAGGAUAUACUUUUUUUAUUCAGUGGCAAAUAAAAAAGGAUAAAUAUAUUACUAGCUCUUAAAGGUUUAGUAUAUAUAGUAUUUUUUAUAAAUCACUACCAAUGCAAUGGCUAGUAGAUGCUCUGUGACUGCCUCAAGUCAUCUCUCUGCUUUAGUUCUUGUGGCUGUGUUAUGAACAUUCUUUUAUAUAUGUCUUCUGUAGAAAUGAUUUCUGAAUUAUAUUUUCAUGUUUGAGGAGGUGGGGGAGACUAUUUUGCAUUAACUGACAUCAUUCUCAAUUUUUAGAAAUUCUGUUGAGGAAAAUGAUUACUGUUGGCUUUCAAAACCAUGACUACUUUGCUCUCUUAGACAUCUGUUUCCCUGAGAAUGUUUUAUGUGCAGAACCUAUGCAUGUUCAAUACAUUGCAUAAUACCUAAAAUGUUAUGGGAAUUCAAUAAGGGAAUUCAAUAAUUGGUAAAGGCUCGAUUGGUAAAACUAGCUCAUAGCAGUCUUAUUGUCCACAUUGUUAGCUUUUGGUAAAAUACACCAGUUUUCGUGAAUACAUAAUCAUAUUCAAAUAUACAAGAUAAAUAUAACAGUUGUACACCACUGCAAGUGAGGUUUAGAUACUUUUGAGAUUAUCUAGGUGUGCAUACAGAUGUACAUGUAUAUGAAGGAUUUGCAGCUUGAAUUUAUAUGGUGGCUUUUACAAAGAAUUUUAUCCAAAGAAUUGUUAUUUUUGUAUUUGCUUAAAUGCUACUAUUUCAGGCACUUUUUAAAAUUAGACCAACUCCCUCCAGCAAAGCUGGAAAUCUAACAAAACAAGUGCCCAUUUGCCCUAAUUAACCAGAUAUUUGUUUGGGUGAACUGUUUAUGUUAAGUCUUUGAUGGUCUACAAAUUAAGACAUUCUGUUUUUUCCUCUCAUACUUUUAGGGAAAUCGGCCUUAAUUUCAUGUCUGGUAAUCAGUUUCCUCAAAGUACUAUGCAGCACACAGUAAAUUAUUUAUUUAUCUUUAUAAGGUGGUAAUGCAUUGAGAUUUUUCAUUCUGUUUUGGGUCAUAGGGAUGUACCAUUGUAUGUAACUAAAUAUUGACUCAAGCAGCAUUCUACCAGAAAUGUUCAUAUGUUGUCCUCCCUCAUCAAAUGUCAUGUUUUUGAAGGAGGUAUUUUAUACUAUUAAUUAAAGAAUGGGCCUAGACUGAGUGCAAUCAAAGUAAGUGCUCAAUAAACACCUAGUAGAUUGUCUGUCAUAUUAACAAUGAGCUUCCAGCAAGGAAACCAGCAUUAUCUUUUCCUUGAGAAGUAUAUAUUUAAAAUAAUAUAUGUGUGAAACUGAAAAAUUAUAUCAUUUCACAUUAAUUAUUAAGCUUAUUUAGGCUAGAGUUAGUGAUUUGUAAUAAAAAUAUUGUUUAUAUAGAACAUGGUCUGAAGAUAGGAGAUGUAAAAAGAUUAGAUAAUAUCUGAGGCACAUUAAUUGAUUAAAAAAAUAGGUAGCUGGACUCUAAGGAGAACUACUGUAGUCUUCUGUAAUCAUUUUAUAUAUUGGUAUAUAUAGUUCUAUCUGGGUUAGUUUUGUUUCUCCUUAAAUUUUAGUUUCAUUUCAAUAUCUUAAAAGUGGUAAUGGUAAAAUACAAAUUUAUGCUAAAUAACUCCUACUUAAACAUCUUUGACAUGAGGAGGAAAUUUUUAUGAAUAAUAUAGUAGUUUCACUAUGUUUAUUGUGGCUUCCAGAGCAUUUUUGUCAGAGUUCACCUGAUGUUAAAAAAAAAAAAAAACAUUAAAAAUUUUGAAACAAACAUUCCUAUGUGAGCUAUGAGGAAACAAAUGUAUAGUACAAGUGUAGUUAGCCAUUGAUGUUUGGUGAGAUUCUUGAUGCAUGACUAUGAUGCUGGCUUCUGACUGAAGUGACCGUGUCAGUAUUGUAUUUUGGGUUUAUCUUGUUCUAGGAGAAAAAUGGAAUGUAUACUAGAUUAACUUAAUGUUUUUAAGCUGGAAAAAAUAUGAGGUAUUAUAAGUAUGCCAAAUAUUUAUACACUCUACUACAAUAGGAAAGGAAGGAAAAAAAUUUUAAAGUAGUAUUUUUUUUUUAAUAGCUUCUAAUUUCUUUUUUAACCCAAGUUCCUUAUACACUAGUCACUUGCCUGGUUUAACACUGAGAGACUGUAAUUUAAGGGAAAGAUUUUAGAUACUAUAUUCUGCUAUUAGAAUACAUCGUGCAUGUUAAUAUUACAAUGCUUGUAGAUUUCCCAAGAAGAAUAUUUCCAUAAAUUGACGUCAAUAUUGUUUUUUUCUUGUAAUUUAUGUUCAAAUGGACAAGUUACAUAUAUGCUCUGUGGUACAGAGUCAGAUCCUGGGCAUUAAAGAUUAGUUUGGCUAACUUUACUGAAGAUACUAAUUGUCUUCACUGAUUGCACUGCUGUGUUUCUUAAUCCAUUUUCCCCCAUAGAGCAGUCUGUAUGGAAGUUUCUUUUGCUCCUACCAUAUACUAAUUGACUUUUGUUUAAGGCUUAAAUAUUUUGUGAAUUCUUUUUACACUUAAAAUGUAUACCUUACAGAGGGAUAAGGAUAAGAUUUGCAGUAAGGUAUGUGCAGGGUGUGCUUUCACUGUUUGGGGAAUUAGUACCACAGAGUACUUAAGGCUAGUAUAAUGAUCAUAGAUUAUAUAUACUUGAACUCUUCAAUAGAAAUAUAAUAUGUGGGCUGGGGUUGUGGCUCAGCAGUAAAGCGCUAACCUACCACAUGCUAGGUGCUGCGUUGAUCCUCAACACCACAUAAAAAUAAAUGAAUAAAAUAAAGGUAUUGUGUCCAACUAUAACUAAAAAAA